AGCCACCAUCAAUAGUUUCAGAUGAGAUAUGCACUGCAUGUGAUUUUAAUCGUCCUGGCAAAAAGUGUCUCCGGAAGCUGGAAUGGGUUUGGCGUGGUGAAAUGUACAUGGCAAAAAGAAGUGAUUAUUACCACAUAAAGAGGCAACUCGAGUCUGAACUUGUUGAAGUAGGAGAUGGUCAACGAUCAAAGUCUUUUCUUGAUUUGCCUAAAGCAGAACAACAAGUAAAGAUCAAGGACCGUUUAAAGAAAUACUGUCAAAAGGCAUAUAAAAAAGUUCUUGAAAAGCCGGUCACAGAAGUUCGAGAAGCAGGGAUCUGCAUGCGAGAAAAUCCUUUUUAUGUUGAUACCGUACGGAGUUUCCGAGAUAGGAGGUAUGAAUACAAAGGCCUUAAUAAAGUUUGGAAAGGUAAGCUGUCUGAAGCAAAGGCUAGCGGCAAUUCCAUAAAUAUUCAAGAAGCACAGGAUUUGGUAGUUCUGUAUGAUUCAUUGCAGCUGGCUCAUAAAUGCAUUUUAAACUCCUUUUAUGGUUAUGUCAUGCGCAAGGGUGCAAGAUGGUACUCAAUGGAGAUGGCUGGAGUUGUUACAUAUACUGGUGCAAAAAUCAUUCAGAAUGCUCGAUUGUUGGUUGAAAAAAUUGGAAAACCCCUCGAGUUAGACACAGAUGGUAUUUGGUGUGCAUUACCAGGCUCUUUCCCUGAGAAUUAUACCUUCAAGACAAAAGAUCCAAAGAAGAAGCUGACAAUCUCUUAUCCUUGUGUAAUGCUGAAUGUUGAUGUGGCUAGAAACAAUACCAAUGAUCAGUACCAGACUCUCAAGGACCCCAUCAAUAAGACGUAUACAAUACACAGUGAAUGCUCAAUUGAGUUUGAAGUGGAUGGACCAUAUAAGGCAAUGAUUCUUCCCGCUUCCAAGGAAGAAGGUAUUCUAAUUAAGAAGCGCUAUGCAGUUUUCAAUGAUGAUGGUACGCUUGCCGAACUUAAAGGUUUUGAGAUUAAACGUAGAGGUGAGCUAAAGCUCAUCAAAGUUUUCCAGGUACUCCAUUUGUGAAUACCCAAUUUAUU